AUGGACGAUACCACUCGAUAUCAUGGCACUUUGGUCUCUCUCGAGGGCCCGGUCGACGUUCUUGCCACCCAGCUACGUCUGCUCCCCACCUCACCACAAAUCUUCAUCCUGCCACAAGUCCAGACCUACCUUGAGGAUGGAGACCCAAGCGAGAGGUUCGAUGCUCGGAACUUCAUCAGGAGAAUGCACAAUGCUGUCACUGCGCGGAAUGAGGUUGCCUACUCUUUUCUGAAAGAUUCAACCCCAGCCAACAAGCGACUGGUCUUCAUGAACGGCAGCACACCUGGCGCCCAGGCCAUCUGCAUCAAAACGAUUGCUGAACAUGAGACCGACGGCGAUAUCUCUCAUGCCGAGCUUCUUUUCAAUGACAUUGUCAAGCAUGGCGCGGCUGGACUCGAAGAUGACUGGUUUUCUCGACAGAAGGAUGGUAGACACCACAUACCGGAAGAAGACCCCAUCGUGAGAGCCAUGCGAGCGGCUGAAGCCCUUGAUCGACUGACAGCCGACUUGCAACCAGAUACCGACGUAGACCUUACCUUCGAGGCUAGACCCCGGAGUAUGAGUCUUCCCAUUUACAGCUUCGAUGAUAGAUUCGGCGAUGCUGCACCGUUCUACGUUUUUGGAGUCAGAUCUUCCGAAGACGAUGACUGUAUCGAUGACAAUACCAGAAACGCCUUUCUUCCAGCAACCCCGAGAUUUGCAGUCACCGAUUUCGGCGAAAGUUUGGCCGAUACCAUAGCCACCUUCGAGGCCGUGGAUAAUUCUCUCCAGCCCCUCAGGUCACCGAGCUGCGUAGGAGAGACAUACGAGCACCAGACUAUAUCACCACGUCGUCUAUUUACGACAGACAUGCUCUCGCCCCGCUCGGGUCACAGCAUAGAGUCUACAGACGCAGUUGUAUAUGGAGAGGCUUCUCUGAUGCAGAUGCAGAUGGCCAACGCCCGACGAUCAACGAAGCGAACGAAAUCUCUUGACCGAGCAUACCAAACUGGGGACAGCUACUGGGAUUCCCCGCCCCAAGCUCAGAGUCAGGCCGGCGUCGACAGCGGGAAGGCUCUGUCAGAAGAUGGCCGACGUAACUCCAAUGUUGGGACACUGCUGCAAACAUCACUGCCGAGAACAAUACACGUUCGCUGCGAUCGUCCUAUUGUCUUAUUAUCUCCUCCACCACCAAAACCGAAGAAAAAGGCCAACGGCGCUUAUGUUGACAAGGGCACAGAUGCCGAAGACUUUCGAUCUCCUGAGCCCCCUUUCCGGCCCGUGCUGCCCUUUACCGAAGAUCUUGUGAUUAAGAUUCAGGAUGGAGCUGACGAUAAUGUCCUCGAGGCUACCAUCAGCGCAUUCAAAGCGGGUAUUUAUCCAAUCCAGACGCCAGAACCGUCCGAGCAAUUGGUAGCUCGGAAAGAAUCAGUCGUAAAGGCACCCAAGUUCCACGGCAUCGAGACUGCUGCUGAGGACUCUGUCAAUCCUUCUGCGUCAGUACUGUCGUUCGGCCCAGAUCCAGACGAAUACGAUCCAUUUGCCUACGGUCCGACACCCCUCAAACCUGCAAACACAACUCGUUUACCACUAAAACUGAAGCCUGUAACUCCACCCACCCCAGCACACACACCAUCUUCUCUGUCUUCUAUCUGUGGACUGGGGGAGAAAAGGUUCCAGAGCUGCGACAUAGCAGGUUGCAAGACAGCGAUUGCUGUCCAGAACUCUCUGCGGGUCCUGCUAAACGUCCAUUUCCCUCCGGAGGACCAAGGAUAUCACCACUUUCAUUUUUCCAUACUGCCAGAGAUGGGUGGCCUCUGGAAGCCCGUCUUCCGCAAUGCCGGCGCGGAAAGUCCCCGCAAUGGUCAGCGCAGAAUCGACCAGAUUCUAGCUCCACUUGCGAAUCAAACGCACGAAAACCCAUUCACGAAUCCUUACUUGCUCGCGACUCUAAUUGUUCCUCACCUGGAGCCUUACUUCGUCAUUCAUAACGAGGUGCGAUUCUUGAUCUUGGAAUAUCCUCCAGAUCAUCUAGCCACAGUCUUGGCACUUCAGAAACUUGUUGGCGUGGACCUUAUGAAGGUCGCAGCAAUAGUGAACUCGGAUGCUAACGAGCCUCUACCGUUCAAUCACGUUCGAGGUGCCUCGAUCACGAAUGUGAAAGAAGGCAACCUCUCAGGUUCAACUUCCCCCCAGGGAAGGCCCCUUCACAGGAAGGCUUCAUCCAUCGUUCUUCCUGAGAGUGUUGCAGUUUCGAGAGCCAACUUCCUCCUCACAUCAACAGCGACUGAAGCGGAAAUUGGAAACUUUGUGUCGACGAUCCGCAAGUUGCUCAUUGAUGUGUCACGUUUCUACGUGUCCGACGAGCCACCGAGGCAGAAGGUGGGAAAGCGACUUCCGACGCCUAUCUCUGCCUCCUUCUCCCCAUUUCCGAGAACGACCAUGGGGCUUCAGAGCCCUCCAUUAUCGCCACCGCCGCAGAUGUUACCCCCUCCGCCGAGGGGCAACCAUCCUCUCCGACCGCCCUCGCCCGCAAUGUCAUCCAAAGCGCCCUCGUUCGCCGAAACAGUCAAGACAAAUAAAUCGUCGCGCAGUCGAAGAGCAAAGUCACGUAAAAGCGGCGGUACUUUUGGUCCCGCAACGGACUGUACGACAGACUCGACCUCUGUCUUUACUUUCAACCUUGAGGACGAUAGCGAUUACGACCAGGAGGAGAGGCGGCUCAUGCCCAUUUUCAUGUCGAAGCCCCAUUUGAAGAAGGGAAAUAGCCACAAGGCAUUGAAAUUCCUUGGUCUCGCUUGA